AUGCACUGGAGUUUGGGUCCGUCGGCCCGAGCUCUUUCUUUUUUCUUUUUUGUUCCAAUCGUCACACUUGCCCUAAGGCAUCAUCCGUUCGCAGGUUUGUCUGCUUAUUAUUUUUUCCAUCUUUUUCUUGCGAUUUUCUGUCUGCCGUGCCAGUUUUUCACAAAGUACAGAGAAUUCGAGACUUAAAAAAUGACUUUUGAAGAGUUUACUAAAUAAUAUUUAUAAAAAAUAACUUUUUGAACAGAAAAAAUUCGUUGCCUUUAUGAGCGAACCGCGGAUUAGGAGAUAUUCACUCGAAUCUUAAAAUUUGAAUAAGUAUUUUUGAUGAAAGUUUUUAAAGAAUGUUCACGAUUAUACAAUAAUAAUUAAAUUUUUAAUUUUUCUGGGUUUGAAAGAAACACUUCAAAAAAAAAUUGGGAUUCGAAGGAUAACAGGGGUAACCAAAAUAAUUCACAUGUGCAUUGACGGGUUCGGAUGAAUGUUUGCCUAUAUUUCAAAGUAUAGUUGUGUGAACGGCUUUUAUAUCAGACCCUUUUGUACGAGAACUUUUUCUUAAGUCUUGUCUAAGUUUAAAUUUUCAAUUAUUUUACGUUUUUAUCUGACUUUAUCUGGUGAGAGAGAGAGAGACGUUUCAGUUGUUUUUUUUUAUUCUAAUUAUUCGGCUUUUCCGUUCCAUGUGCUCUUCUCAAAAAUUCUUGCUAGUAUUUCUGAAGGACCACAGGUCGGAUACAGGAAAUUAUCGAAGAGAAUUGCCGUCUUCAGCCUUCCUUUUUUAGGACAUGUGAGAUACAAAAGACAGCUGGUAGAGGAGCCGGCGCAGCAGAUCGACCUCAACAUCACGGUGCCGUACAUUUUCUCGGCUCGUCUUUAUCCUUAUGGACCGACGCGCGGCGACAUUUCCAUUCGGGGCGAUGCCGAAGUCUACAAACUCGAAAAUCCUUUUCACUUCAUGGCAGGUGUCUACGACACUAUUUACGUGAGUUCAUGAAACUGUCUUUCAAAGAAAAAUUUUUUGGCUCGAAAGAGUUUUAUUCGAACUUUUUUAAAUUUUUCUACAUAAUUUCGGGUUUUUUCGAUUCAAAAAAAGCUGGAAAAGAAUUAGAAUAGCUAAACUUUUAAGAGUUUGUCAAUUGAUCUCCGUAAUACGGGAUUUCGCAGCUUUUGUCGUCAUAAAUUAUAAGUGCAAGCUCUAUCCCACUAAACCUCCUAAUCUGCAGGAUCUAUGAACGGUGCAGACGCUUUCAGGCGAUCUGCACCGUGUAUUUUGUAACAAUGUUUAGACACAAAGGCUUUUUUUUCAAAAAUAGUGUGGCUCGCUUUCGAUACUCUUUACAUCGAAAAAUGUGAGCUCACAGAUCCUGCAGAGUACUCUAGAAAAUAUCUCUAGAACACAUAAUUCCAGUUUUUCGUUCUGAUUUGAUUCUUCUUUAUUUUAAUAUUUUUCCCCUUUUUCAACUCUUAUUCGCGCCAAUUCUUUUUAAUUUUAGAAUCUAAAGUGUAAUAAAGGCCCCUGGCAAACAGUUUUUUGUUUCUGAUUGGUUAGUCACUUGCUAGUAAAACCUCGAAUUUUAAUAUUUUCUAUAAUAGAAUCGCGAUUUUUGUCAUCUGCCAGGCUUCUUCUUGUUUCUAGGAAAAUUUAAAGGUUUCUUCUCGUAGAACCAUUAGGCUGGACCGAGUCUGCCAAAAGUUGGUUCCUGGAAUCCUGCUGGCGUUUUCUCUCUGAAGCGUUGCUGUUGUCUGGUGGUUUCCGAAUUCCCGAAAACAAGCUUGCGUUAUCACUUAUCUCGGGCCGUCGGGCGCGUGUCAGGUCACCGCGGCUUUCACUCUAUCACCUAUCAUCCCAGGGCGAUCGAUGCCGCCGUUCCGUUCUGUAUCAUGCGUCUGCGACAGGUUCGAUCCCUAUAUAGGCCUCGGUAAACAAUACAUUUCCCAUACAUUUCAACAAGAAGCAACGCUGUAGCAGUGGCUCCAUUAAUGAAUUUAACCGACCUUUCGGAGAGAGAAUCACGUUCAAUGUUUGAAAAAUUUUUGAAAGCACGAUUUUUUGGUGUUUUCGUUGUUUUCCUCCGUGUAGCCUGUUCAGUAAGAGCUAACUUUGAAGAUAAUUGAGAGAGGGACCUAGGAGGCUGCGAAUUUUUCAAUGUGGAGAGGAUUUGUUAGUUGGUCUGAAGAUUUCACGGGGCGUGGUCUUUAGAAUCAGUAGUUUUUAAGUGAGUAAUAAUUGAGGAUAUAGGUGGAAACCCCCGGAAAAUGAUUAGAAAUAGUUUUGAUUUUUGAACAGAUUACCUUUUUCACAAAAAUUUUGAAAUUUUUUUUAUCAUUUUUGUUUGAAUUUUUUUUUUUGGAACUUUAUUGGCUGUUAUUCAAUAAGGUAUCGCUUCAACGCAAAAAAAUUCGAUUUUGAAUUCAUAAUUCAGAGUUCAAAAAGCGUGUUUCGAUAAUUCAAAAGCGCAUAGCAAAUAAAUUAACGAAGAUGCCAGGUGAGAACAUAUUGCGACUUAUGUCAAAACAAUGGAGUGAAACUGUUUGUCGAGCGACUCAAGGAAGGUCAUGGUGAUCUUCAAACAUCCGCUAGCGAGCCGAAACCGAAAGUGGUCCGCUCGUGGGCAAAUAAACGUCUUCCUUCACGCAAAUCCCGCAUUUAUUGUUUCCAUGAGCCGAUUCAGGACUUUUCCUCCUAAAAAAGAAGGAGUGCAGCGCUUCGGUUCAAUUAGUUAUUCACUCGUCGGAACGUGAUAUGGGGUCUGAAGUCUGUCGUUGGAAUCAUGAGAAUACCUCUGAGGGCUUGGAGCAAAAUGAUAUAGACUUGAGGGAGACUCUCAAGUACCUCCGAGAUGGCUUAGAUAGAGCUAAAAGGUAUGCUGGAGGUCUCACGAUGGACAUAUUAUGAAGUCUCUACGAUCCAUUUUGAGAGGUAUCUUUGUGGACACAUCAUGGUAUACUCUCGAUCCGCCUGUGAGAGUAUUGCUGCGGAAAAGAAUGGAAAAAUCCGAAAAGUUAUAUACUUCGAUGAUUUUUUGAAGCGUUUCGAAGCGAACGCGCAAAGAAAAAAUUUUUUUACAAUAGUUUUUAUUCUACUGUGUUCAGUGUAAAAAUGUGACGCGAAAUAAAAUAAUUUGAUGAAAACAUGCGAACAGACUCCGGACUUUUCUUAAAUUCCGUCUCUACGCAGGUGUAGGCUGCUUGGAGGUCUCAGUAAAUUUCUAACCGACUUCAUUGCUUUAUUGAUUUUAUCAGAAUUUAUUUUUUGAAUGAAAAUGAGAAAAUGAUCACCUACUUUCAAUGUUUAUUGAGGGAGUUCAUUAUUGUCUCAGCGAAAAAUCUCAGAUCCGAAGAGAUGGCUCAAUCGGAAUGUCCUCGAAGGCCUCUCGGCCGGCGGCCCUGCCUGUCGACGAACCAACUAUCGCAGUUUUCUGGAUGCCGUCGCAUGGCGGCAACGUCCACUACCGCGAAACAGAUGGUGUCUUUAUUCGAGUUUUGAGUAGAGACCAACUCGUUCAGACGUGAGCAUCGUCAACUUGGCCCACAACGAGGUCAACAUCCAGUAUCGCUACGGAUCACAGUUCCGCGUCAAGAGCGUAGUCCUCGUCACUUGGGAAAACGUGCACGAUCAGCAGAAACUCGUGAGUCCAAAGUUUUUCGCAAGGCUGUUUCAAGAUUUGUGGGGUGUCUUAGUCUCGUUGGAUUGAAAUGAAUGAGGCAUUUCUCAUGAGCGAUUCGAAAUUAUUCGGAUGACCAGUUUUUGUCCUCAUAUGUGCGGAACGCGCUCAAUUAUCCUUGUACGAUUUUCUGAACCUGCGUGCCUUUUGAUAGCAAAAGGCUUGUACCGCAUCUGAGCGUUUUCAAAUUAGUUUCAGAAAGAAAAAAGAAAAACAAUUUCUAAAACCAUCCCGAUGUUGCGAAAAUUUUUUCUUCACAGGUGGGGUUAGUUAAUCCACCUAGUGGUCUUUUUCCCUCCCUGCAACAUCACCAUACCAUCCCGAUGUUGCGAAAAUAAAUUGAAUCCUUUUCAAAAUAGGAAACCGAAGGCAACACUUUCCAACUGGCGUUGAUUGUCGGAGAUUCGAUGACUUUCGCCCACCUCGUCUACAGCAAACUUGCUGCCAACAGAAACGCCGUGGUUCGUCAUUUCAAUUAUAACUAGUGCAGAACGGAAAAGUUUUAUGGACCAAAGCACAUCAAAACUAAAAAAUGCAGUCAAUUUCAAGAGAAGAAGAAAUUUCAUAAUAUAAUCAUAUGAGAUUAGACUUUAAAAACCUUAUGAUUCAGGCCGGAUUCUCUUCCGGGACGUUGUCCUACUCUUUGCCUGAUUCGGCCACGGCCGAGGCCAUGAUGUUGUCGGAAAAGUCUGACAUCGGAAUCCCCGGCGAAUGGCUUUUCCGAAUUGACAGCGAACAGGUUAGAUUCGUGAUUUUUCUUGUGGUGUUUUCAAACUGCGUCAAUAGAAUUUGCGAUUUCUCAUUACAUAUACGAAUGUUGACCAGUAGGAACCUGAUCACCCACGUUCCCUAUUUGGGACAACCAUCCAAUUCCUUUUUUUUCAAGCGCUUAAUUUGUUCGUCAAGUCGGUUAGCAGUUUUAUGAGCGUUAUCUUUAUCGAAAAUGUUGUUCCACUCAAACACUAUCGUUUAACCAGUGUUUCAAUAACGAGAAGGAAGAUCGAGACUUGCAGGUCUACCUGUGUGGCGCCGGUUUCAAAGGAUUGGAAUGCAUUGAAAGCUGCGCCCCAUCGCAAUGGUUCAACGACUGCUCUCGAAGGUUUCCUACAUCCUAUUGCGAAUCAGAUAAGGAAUCAGGAUUACUCAAGUUCUAAUCAUUAUUUGGAAAGCUUCGACACUCACGUGUGGCUGUCGGUUUCGAAGGAGAUUUGAGUAGUCUCAUUGAAGAAAUCGAAAAUUAUUUCAUGCCGUGUUCAAAGUAAUUUCCGCGAAAUGCAAAAUACCCGUUAGAGAAAGGAAAAGAUCACUAAAUUUUGGAGAGUCAGAGAUCAUUUUGCAUUUCGCGGAAAUUACUUUGAACACGGCAUCAAAAAACAGGAGUAUUUUAUGGGAAAAAAAGUAAUGGUAUACCUAUUUUUCUUAGAGGAAAAUGCAAAGUUUUUUUCGUCCUCUUCAUUCCAAAAAAGUCUAUAAUAACAUUAAAUUUUGAUGUUCAGCUGUCACUGCGACGGCGCGGACUCUUGCGACCAGGAAAACGGCCGCUGCCCCAACGGAAAGUGCUCACCCGGCUGGCAGAACGAACCUGUCUGCGACGAAGGUAGUCUUUGAGAGAAUAAGCAGAACAUUGAAACUUUCUGACAGACAUCGACGAGUGCGUCGAGGGGACGUCGACGUGUCCUAGGGAGCAGCCGGACUGUCUCAAUACUCCCGGCGCCUUCCUCUGUCUUUGUUUCGAGUACGACGAAGUUCGUAAGGCCUGCAAGAGCUCCGUCGACAGAGGUUCCUGCCCAUUUCUUGCUUAUCACAGAGUUCCUUCAGAAGAGAUUGCUUCGCCCCCAUCUCAGCCGAUUCCUGUCGACAUUGUUCCUCUGAAACCUUCAUUUUCCAGAGCCGCUCCUACUAUCAAGGCUCGUUUUAACUUAAAACGUUUUCUCUACAAUUUAAUUACUUUUGGUAAUUUCAUGAAUGAGAUUCUCAUAAGGAGAAUUAUCUUCGUUUUGUAAGAAUUACUUCGCCAGUUCGUUUUGUGAAGUUUUAUUUGAUAAGCAAACUCAAGAAGUUAAAAAAGAAUUCAAAAAAUAUUUUUUGCGAUUUAAAUUACAGUAAUUAUGGUUUUUUAGGUUUGUUCAACAGGUAGUUCAAUUUCUAGUGAGCUAUUAGGGUGGCAGGAAAGAAAUGCGUGUUUUUGAUGUCAUUUAAUUUUAUCAUAAGAACAAGGUUAUCACAAAUUAAUUAGAAAUGUAAUUUCUAUCUGUAUUAGCACCUUGUCAACAAUGCUCACGCAGAGAAUGGAUACUCUCUCUGACAAACUAGGCCGCCUACGAGUCAAAGAAGUUGCGCCCCAAAUUUUGACUUCAUCAGAGUUAUUCAAUUUUUUUUGGCUGUUAAGCGAUCCAAUGAUUCGGACAAAUGAUAAAUGCGAAGAGCCAUGUCUGAGCAUUGUAGCGGAAAAAGCAGAAAUUUGAAGAACAAUUUUUCUGAUUUUGGGCUAACACAUUUUCGCAAAAAAAAAAACGAAAAAGCGAUAUUGUGAAGCCAUUUUUCAUUUCUCAUUUUUUGCACUCCGUUGCGUAAAAAAACUGUUUUCUUUUGCAGAUAUGGGUGUGUAAUAACUAAUAAGCCAGUUUCACAGGUGUCUGUUGUGGAUCCAGUCUAAUGGCAUUUUAAAAUCGCCUUUAUCGUCGAUUUUUUCGUGUUUUUUGAUUUCAAAGGUCUUUUCGCCUAGUGAACAGCGCUGAAGCAAUUCGUAAUGUUAACUAUCAGAAAAAGCAUCAAUGGUGAUCAUAAUAUUGAAAGGUGCCAAGCUUCUUAAAUUGAUUUGUACUUCUUGAAAUAACGCGAAAACUAGGAACGUCAGCAAAUUAUAUAUCCAGUGACGCACAAGGACAAGCCUUUUUCGAAAAAAACACCGUUCCAAAUAAUAUUGCUUCUUGGAUGAAUUAGAUGCCGACAAAAACGAGCCGCAUUUCUUUCAUGCCAACCUAAUAGAAUAUAUAAUGCAUCUAUCGAAGGAGUUUUUCUUUUGCAUUGUGCUAUUUUAUAUUUUUUUCUCCUAUUUGUUAACGUGAUGAUAAUUAAUGUACCAAUGGUUUUGUGAAAAGGAAAUUAGUGAAAUGGAAGAAAUGAUGAAAAUGUGAAUCGAACCUCCCAGUUCAAUCAGACGACUGCAAUAUCAUAAGGAUAUGUUCAGCCGCCAGUCCAACACACUCGGUUCAUUUCGACGACAAGAACAACCCGGUUGCCGCCGACUCGAAAGCCCUCCACUUCCAUUUCGCAACACUUCACUAAUACGGUAAAUGGAUUAUCUAAAAUGAAAAAUUUUUUGGAAUUUUUUCUUUUUUUUUGCGUGAGCAGCCUCAAUUUGAAGUUGCAGCCCCUCUCCACCACCGAUCCGACAACGAAACAUAUGACGACUACGACCGCUUCUACCACGGUUAGUCUUAUUCUUUGAGCUCGCUGGUCAAAAACUCGAAAGUAGUUUUUUUGAAAGCAUCCUGCUUUUUAUUAUUGUUUUCUAUAAAUCAAUCACUUGUUUUGUUGUUUAAGUCAUACACUAGACUGCGCGGUGCGCAGGAACUUUUUGAGCUAUAUCGAACAACCGCCUUUGGCGAGCUCAAAGUCCAAACGUGUAGUUGAUCAAGUUGAAAGUCUUACGUUCUCUCGCGUCGGUCUACUCCGUGUAGUCCGUUCAUUUUUGUCUCGACGAGCUCAGAAUGUAGCGGCUGUUCUAACUCGGGCUCGGUGGUCUAGAUGGAAAAAUUAAAAUGAGAGCGACCAUUUCGAGAGAACUUAACACAGGAUUUAUUCUAGUUUAAAAAAAAACGUUUCCGAAAAAAGGUUGUGUGAAAAUAAACGGAUAGCUCAAAAAUUGUCUGUUCUUCUAUAUAAUUUUCGUUUUGAAGGUUUCGGUGUGCCAACUCUGCGACUCCCGAGCCGAGUGUGUCCAAGGCACGUGCAAGUGCUCCCAAGGGUGGCGCGGAGAUGGAUUCAGGUGAAGGAAAAUUUUUCUUUUUCGAAUCAGACGCUUUCCGCAGGUGCUACGACGUGGACGAGUGUGCAGUGACGGCCUCUGUCUGCGGCAACCACUCGACCUGCAGCAACACCGAUGGCGGCUUCGAGUGCACCUGCGUCGGCGGCUUUCGUUCCGAAGACGGCGACUGCGUCGGUGAGUGCAACCGACCCCUGACGGUUUUAUGUUCUUUGCAGACGUCGACGAGUGCCGCGAAACUCCGCAGAUCUGCGGGGGCGGUCGUGGCGUCGAGUGCGUCAACAGCGAAGGAUCUUUCCUUUGUCGCUGUCGCGACGGCUAUCUGGGCGAUCCUUCCGAAACCUGCACGGGUCAGAUUUUACAACAGUUUCAGUUUGGAACGGAAAAGUUUACAUCAAAGUUUCAUUAUUCUAUUAUUAGGUAGGAAAAAGAAGAUAAUUAAAAAGAUAAACUGCGUAAAAAUAUGAAAAAAAUGUUCAUGUUUUUAAAUUCUUAACAAGCUUUUUUUGAAGCAUUAUUUCUAGCUGGAAAAUUGAGAGGCUCGAAUCAAUGUUAUUUUCAAAGGUAAAAAAAUAUGAUUAAAAAAACCUGAAAAAUAUGAAAUUUCGUUCUCGGGUAUUAUCAAAACUUAAAGUACAUAUAAUGAAAGGGGUUUUUUUUCCGUCUGAAGAUCUCUAAUCUGUUAAAUGAAUCGUUUUAAUUUAAUAAAAAUCUAGUAAAAACUUAUCAAUGAAUGAAAUGAGAACUACAAGAAAAGACAACAUUUUUUCUGAAGAUGUGAACGAAUGUGAGAGCGGUGAUGCAUGCGGUCCCAACGCGAACUGCACCAACACGGUGAGUCGGCCUCGAAGUCGCCACAAGCGGACGAGUUGUAGGACGGAGGAUUCGAGUGCGAGUGUCAGUCGGGCUUCGAGAGGCUUGCCGAGGGAGCCCACUGCACGGACCGCGACGAAUGCGCCGUCGAGCCCUGCCAUCCGGCCGCCAUCUGUUCCAACACUCGGUCCGUCCCUCAGGAUUCUCUCCAAUCGUCCUUUUCCAGAGGCGGCUACUCCUGCGCUUGCAUCGAAGGCUUUGUCGGCGACGGAACGACUUGUCACGGUCAGUCCCCAGAUUCUUUCUCGCGUUUUCAAACUAACUUUUCUUCUAUAGCAAAUAACAAUUUUAUUUUAAAAAAUAAAAUUGAACUCUUUACACCGAAUCAGAAAAUAAAAAAUAGCUUCUGAAAACAAGGAAAAAUACGACUAGUUCAAUUUUUAGCGGAUGCCUUCUAAACGAUGCGAAAAAGGAAAAAAAUAAUAGAAAAAGAAGAAAGAAUAGAGAAAGAGAAAAAAGAACUUAAGCGGGCCAAUACUUUUCCGAACCGUGCUUUAUCCGAACCAAAUUCCGAACCAAUGAUUUAUCCGAACCUACUUUAUCCGAACCACCCUAUGCUUUAUGCGAACCACUUUUUUUGAAUGCAUGCUUUAUCCGAACCACUUUUUUUGUAAAAAAAGUUUAUUACUUUUUUUACUAUUUAAAUGCCGUUUUCUUAGCUUUUUUUGCGAUGACUAGUUGCCCCAUAAGACUCAAUGACCUGGAACUAGAAUUUUCUGUCAAUUUCUUUUUUUCGAAUUUCUUGUUAUAUGAGUUUGAUUUUUUUUCGCUCAUAUUUUUCUAAAAACAUCCAAAAAAACUGAUCUUCCAAACUCCAUCUUAUUAUUCAAGACUCUGAAGGUAUAGAAAAAAAUUGAACUCGAGCUGAAAAAGAAUAUGGACAUGCCCCGGUUAAACCUUGUUUCCCAACAAAGAUCGCUUCUGGACGUUUUUCCUUGAACAUUUCGAUGCCUGUUGGUUCAUCGUAGGAGAAUCUGCGAACGGCUCAUUAGAAGAAGUUCUCUCGAGUUCAGUUAUUCGAAUGAGAUUUUUCUUUAUGAAAGUUUCUAGACAGCUUUAUGUAUGGUUUUUUGACAGAUAUUAUUUCUUAAUAUCGCCGCCUUUUGUGAUCUUUCACUUCUUCCAUGCAUGUUGGUUCUUCGUAGGGGAAUCUGCGAACAGCUCAUUAGGACGAAUCCCCUCGAAUUUAGAUAUUCAAAUAAGAUAUUUUCUUUAGAAAAUUCUAGGAAGGUUGAAGAAAGGCUUUUCAAAGCUGAAUUAAUAUUAAUCAGCGUUCUAAAAAGUGAAUGAUAAAUAAUAAAAAGAUCGAAAUGAGUUCGAACUUUUGCUGGCUCCAGCCCAACCCAUUCCAUUCAAUGUUUUACCCUGUUCCGACCGUUCCCUUUUUGAAAGCUGAUCGUUUGUUCAGGAACAUUCAAUGAUUUUUUUGUCAUCGAACAUCUGUUGUUUUUUUCAACAAUAAAUUAGUCCAAAUCUAGCAAAAAAAUUUUUGUUUCAGCAGGUUUUUCAGGAUGUUUGAAGGAGGCUCGGAAGGUUGACGAGAGGGGCCUCGGAGAUUCGCUGCCACGGAAAUCAAAAAAAUUCAGAACUUUCAAACGGCUGAAAGUAAUUUGAAUCUGAGCUUCGGAUAUUCAGAAUUGCAAAUUUUUUUCUGACAACAUACACUCAAAUCAUUUCAGUCUUUAAAAAAAUAUUUCGUUCCAAGCGCGCGAAACCUUUGCGCCUUCGUAAAUUAUCGUUUUUUUUUUCGAAAUAAUCGUUCCUUUUUACGGUUUUUCUGCCAAUGUUCCGAGCUUUUUUUCUCUCUUAUAAGUUUAAUUCCUUCUUUUUUUAAGUCAUAGAAGUCAAUUUGUAUUUCGAGUGCCUUUUCUAAAGUUAUGAAGGAAAAGUUUUAGGAUAUCAAAAUAAUUUCUUUCAAAGUCUAAUUUAAUUUCCAUCUCAUUUUAAUUUUCAUUAAUCUUUUUUUCCUGAACUAUCUGGAACGAAAUAUUUUUUUAAAGACUGAAAUGAUUUGAGUGUGUGUGUCAGAAAAAUUUGCAAUUCUGAUUAUCCGAAGCUCAGAUUCAAAUCACUUUCAGCCGUUUGAAAGUUCUGAAUUUUUGAUUUCCGAGGCAGCCAAUCUCCGAGGCCCCUCUCGUCAACCUUCCGAGCCUCCUUCAAACAUCCUGAAAACCUGCUGAAACAAAAUUUUUGCUAGAUUUGGACUAAUUUAUUGUUGAAAAAAACAACAGAAAAAAAAAUGUUCGAUGACAAAAAAAUCAUUGAAUGUUCCUGAACAAACGAUCAGCUUUCAAAAAGGGAACGGUCGGAACGGGUAAAACAUUGAAUGGAAUGGGUUGGGCUGGAGCCAGCAAAAGUUCGAACUCAUUUCGAUCUUUUAUUAUUUAUCAUUCACUUUUAGAACGCUGAUUAAUAUUAAUUCAGCUUUGAAAAGCCUUUCUUCAACCUUCCUAGAAUUUUCUAAAAGAAAAAUAUCUUAUUUGAAUAUCUAAAUUCGAGGGGAUUCGUCCUAAUGAGCUGUUCGCAGAUUCCCCUACGAAGAACCAACAUGCAUGGAAGAAGUGAAAGAUCACAAAAGGCGGCGAUAUUAAGAAAUAAUAUCUGUCAAAAAACCAUACAUAAAGCUGUCUAGAAACUUUCAUAAAGAAAAAUCUCAUUCGAAUAACUGAACUCGAGAGAACUUCUUCUAAUGAGCCGUUCGCAGAUUCUCCUACGAUGAACCAACAGGCAUCGAAAUGUUCAAGGAAAAAAACGUCCAGAAGCGAUCUUUGUUGGGAAACAAGGUUUAACCGGGGGCAUGUCCAUAUUCUUUUUCAGCUCGAGUUCAAUUUUUUUCUAUACCUUCAGAGUCUUGAAUAAUAAGAUGGAGUUUGGAAGAUCAGUUUUUUUGGAUGUUUUAGAAAAAUAUGAGCGAAAAAAAUCAAACUCAUAUAACAAGAAAUUCGAAAAAAAGAAAUUGACAGAAAAAUUCUAGUUCCAGGUCAUUGAGUCUUAUGGGGCAACUAGUCAUCGCAAAAAAAGCUAAGAAAAACGGCAUUUAAAUAGUAAAAAAAGUAAUAAACUUUUUUUACAAAAAAAGUGGUUCGGAUAAAGCAUGCAUUCAAAAAAAGUGGUUCGCAUAAAGCAUAGGGUGGUUCGGAUAAAGUAGGUUCGGAUAAAUCAUUGGUUCGGAUAAAGCACGGUUCGGAAAAGUAUUGGCCCUUAAGCGAGGCUAUCGGCAAAACGUCUUGGCUCUAUAUAUAUAUAUAUAUAUUCUUCUUUCAGAAACGAUUUUGUACCCUAUUUCCAACGAUUCGAUAGUGAUCCCGCGCUCCUGGAACUCGAUAGCCACGCUGCCGUUGAUCAGCCCUCUGCGACUCUUUGGCCGGCAAUACGACACAGCUUUUGUAAGGACUUCAUUCUCUGAAAUGACUAUUCCUCGCAGUUGUCGACGAAUGGUGUUCUGUCCUUCGACCAGCCCCUGCCGGGCCUCGUUGAAAACGCCGACGCCAUCCACGCCAGUGCCGUCUUCGCUCUUCACGCCCAGUACGACUACGUACGAGAGGGACUCGUCGCCUACACCUACAUAAAUGGUUCCUACUUUCUUUCUUUUGUUUUAAGUCAAUUGGAAGGGGUCCGCUACAAGACUUCAUUUUUCUUUGUACCUACAACCUGUCUACUUCCGCCGACAAGAUCAUAGAAAUAUAGAAAAUUCUUGAAAACUACUGCUACUCCGAAGGAAAAGAGAGCACAGGCCAUCUAAACUUUUUUCAAGUUGAAACAAAAGGACAUGAACGAAAGCUAUGCUUCUAAAAAAAAAAAAUAAAAGUUCAGCCUUGCAAUCGAGAAAUCAUAUGGGAGCACUAACUAAAAUCACAGGGUCAAGCUUUCAAAAAUAACAUUAUCAUACUAUUUUGAGGACCUCUUCGGACGGACUUGGAUAUAUUUUCUUGAUUGUGCAAGAUUUUAUAGAAACUGACGCAGUGGCAUUUCCACUCUUGACGCGAGCCUCUCUCAGCGUGCAACAGGCCUUCGGUAUUUCUUCUUUUCGCACCCGAAGUUUGCACAUUUUCACCUUCGAUCGAGUCCGCCAAGCAGGCAGUGAAAACGUAUUGUUUCCUAUCGAUAGGGUACAAAAGUUUCUUGUCUCAUUCAGUUAAACUCUUUCCAAAUAGUCCUGUCGGAGUCUUCGGACGCCACCAUCCUCACUUUGAUAUACGAACUGACGCAGGCGAAAGGACCAAUGACAGGUGAGUCAACUCUAUGAGCCGGACGGAGGUUUUCUCGUCCAGGCAUAUCCACGCCUUCUACAUUCUACAUGCUUCCUAAUGACCGUCUCCACACCAAGUCGAAUGUUGGACAGCCGGGUAAAUGGAUGUUCCGCGUGGACGCCGUCGACCUGCAGACGUGUCCAGUUGGCCGCAAGACAGAACCUUUCUGUGACUCAGGUUCCCCUUUUUUUUUUACUGUCCGAAAAUUAAGGAUUAGAAACCUGAAGAUUUAGAAUGCGAACCUGGAAGAUUUGGUGUUGGCUGUCGGUCCGAAUGUCGCUGUUUGAACGGCGAAGCAUGUGACUCCGUCAGUGGAGGCUGUCCAAAAGGUGUCUGCGCGGCUGGCUGGACUGGCGUUUCCUGCGACGAAGGUCUGAGCUCCUUCGAUAAACUUCUUCAAAGCGUCGUUGCAGACGUCGACGAGUGUUCGACGAACGUCGUCAGCUGUGGUGACGGCGCCUUCUGCAAGAACACCAGAGGCGGCUACACGUGUGAUUGCAAGAAAGGAUACGCCCUCGUCAAUAAAGUUUGCAAACGUGAGCAUUGAGCCCAGUUUGUGCAAAUUCUGAAGUAAAAAACAAAAAAUUGGAUUUUCUGCUAGCUUCAACUUUCUUCCAUAUGUUUCCUUAGUUCCAAGCUUCAAAUUUCAAACGGUGUAAUCGACGAUUUCAAGCUCUGGAGCGUUGCCUCAGUCGAUUUGGAGUGCCGUGUGCUCGUAACGCUCGUUGUAUUGAAUCUGAAAACGGACCUUCUUGCGAGUGUCGCACCGGCUUCAAAGGAGACGGGUUCAGGUGAGAACUUUUUAAACAUUCUCAUAUUAUCUUCAUUUUGCAUAGUGCCAGAAUGAUUUAUUUUCAAUCGAACCGUUUAAGAUUUUUACUUCUAUGGAAAUUUAAAAAAUCCGGCUGUGCUCAUAAAGUUUGAAAAUUGCAGUGUUCAAGCUCUCUUGCAGUUCUUGUAAAAUGUAUGUGAGGACGUUGCUAAGUAGUAAUUGUAGUCUGUUCAGAUUUUAAAUGUCAAGCAACUAACUCCGCCCCUGCUGAGAAGGUACCUUUUCGCGUCGAUGUUUUAUCGCGCGGGACUAAUUUUGAUCUUUUUUGAUCUAAAAGAUAGAAAAAGAAGUCAAAAAUGCAGCCUUAUUAAAGGGCCAUCGUCAUCUGUAGACAAAACAUUGACGAGAAAGAUAUUGUGGCCUGGGGGUGGAGUUAGCUGCUUGACAUUCAAAAUUUGAACAGACUAUAAUAAAGAGUCUGCCUCGAAGUAAACUGUUCUAUUAGCCGUCCUUACCUUCUUUUGGGAUUUAUCAUUUUCCUUUCUUUCCUUUCCGACUUAAAAAAAACUGAUACUCGUGUGAAUAGAAUGGAUUUUCUCAGGUGCAUCGCCGAAAAUCGUGAGGCGUCGCUCGAAGACAUCUCAAAGCAUAUGCUCGAUGGCUCUCCAGACGGUGAGUCAAGGACUUACGCCGCUGUAGACGACGUCUUCUAGGGACGGCUCACGAUGCAGAAGUCGAAGCACCGGUCAACAGCGAUCGGCCGUUCGUCAUGAAAAACUGGGAAAGCUUCAAGACGUCGACGUCUGCGAGUUCCUCGGUCGCUGUUCCCAAGCUCUACACCGUGCGGACUCCGCCUCUUCUCUACACAGGUUUAUUCCGAAAUUUACUUAUUUUUUGCCAUUUUUGGUUUUAGCUCCACCGCUGAAGCCAACAGAUGAAAAUACAUCGAACGAUCGGCGUUCUUCUGAAAAAGUCGAAGAAGCAGAAGCUCUGCGAAGUUGGUUUGAACUCGAACUUCAAAUUCAAUAAAACUUUUCAGUGCUUUUUUGGAUAGUGCCAUCAUCACUAAUUGGUAUCUGGAUCCUGAUAAUUCUAGUCGUAUGUCUUCUUUGUUGGCGAAGUCAAAGGUAAUCUUAACCAAGGAUCAAACUAAUUAUAAACCUCCAUACAGGAAGCGCCGAGAACGGCAGCAAUACAACCGCGGGUGGAAGUCGGGAGUGCCGACGUCUCGAGCCAUCACGGCCCCAGUCGUCGCCAACCCCAACGUCAUCUACAGCACGAGGCCGCGCAUCACCUACGAAGGCUAUUAA